AUCCUGGUGCGCGCGUUCCUCUUGUUGUUUUCAAGCGUUUGUUGGUUGGUUCGCGGAGGAGAGCAUCUGCUCCGAUUCCAUGGCGCGGCUGCUAGCAGCUAGCUGCCUUUCCCCAACCUCUCCCUCUACCUGUUCCUCGUUCGAGCCAUUUCUCUCCGGCCCCUUCUUCUCUGAGUUUGGGCACGGGUUUUGAUUUCUUCCUUGCGUGUGCGUAUCUUUCAGAAGACGCCGGGAGCGAGGCGGGUAGAUACACAGCGCCUGCCAUGUCGCGUCUCUGUGACUUGGACUGGUCGGUGACCUGAGACCGAGUAGAGUCCAAGGAGGGAGGUAGCUGCCAGUCGCGCAACCUGUUGGGGGCAGGAAGGAAGGAAGCUAGGGAGAGUAAGCGCUCUUUGUGACUUGUUUUCUCCCGAUGGCGGCCGCCUCGUCCGCGCCCUUCUUUGGGCUCGGCGACACGCAGAUGCAGCCAGCACAGGGUUCCUCCCUGCCGCAGCAAAACUCCGCGGCGGCUGCUCCCGGCGCCGCGGCGCCGCCCAAGAAGAAGAGGAACCAGCCGGGCAAUCCAAAUCCUGACGCGGAGGUGAUCGCGCUGUCGCCGCGGACGCUGCUUGCGACGAACCGGUUCGUGUGCGAGGUGUGCAACAAGGGGUUCCAGCGGGAGCAGAACCUGCAGCUGCACCGGCGCGGGCACAACCUGCCGUGGAAGCUGAAGCAGAAGAAUCCCAAGGAGGCGCGGCGGCGUGUGUACCUGUGCCCGGAGCCGACGUGCGUGCACCACGACCCGUCCCGGGCGCUCGGCGACCUCACCGGGAUCAAGAAGCACUACUGCCGCAAGCACGGCGAGAAGAAGUGGAAGUGCGACAAGUGCAACAAGCGCUACGCCGUGCAGUCCGACUGGAAGGCGCACUCCAAGACCUGCGGCACCCGCGAGUACCGCUGCGACUGCGGCACGCUCUUCUCCAGGAGGGACAGCUUCAUCACCCACCGCGCUUUCUGCGACGCGCUGGCUCGUGAGAGCGCGCAGAUCCCACCCAUCGGCGCAGGCCUCUACGUCGGCUCCGGCAGCAUGAGCCUCGGGCUCUCCGGCGCCGCCGCCCAGAUGCAUGGCUUCGCAGACCAAGGCCAGUCCUCUUCAGCAGCAGCUGCCGCGCAGUUCGACCACAUCAUGCCGUCGUCCUCGGGCCCCUCCAUGUUCCGUUCUCAGGCGUCGGCCUCCUCGUCGUCUUUCUUCCUCGGCGGCGGCGCUCCUUCUCCCGCCCAGGACUUCUCCGAGGACGGCGAACACUCCCAGGGCGGCCAGGGCUCAUCUCUGCUUCACGGCAAAUCGCCCUUCCAUGGCCUGAUGCAACUCCCGGAGCAGCAGCACCAGCCGGGCAGCAGCAACGCCAACGGCAACCUCCUGAACCUCGGUUUCUUCUCUGGCAACGGCGGCGGCUCGGCCGGCGGCCAGGACGCGAGCAUUGCCAUACAAGACCAAUUCAACGCCGCCGCCGGCGGCAGCAACGCCGAGCACGGCGGCGUGAUGGCGUCCAUGGGAAGCCACCUCAGCGCCGGCUUCCCUUCUUCCCUGUACAACUCAUCUCCAUCAGCCGGCCUGCCGCAGAACUCGGCGACGGCUCUCCUAAUGAAGGCUGCCCAGAUGGGCUCGACGUCGAGCACCCACAACGGCCCGAGCGCGCUGCUCCGUGCGGCCGGCUUCAGCGCCUCCAGCGGCGGGCAGGGGACUAGCAGGGCUGCAGGAGAAGGGACGUCGCACGAGGCGCACUUCCAUGACCUCAUCAUGAACUCUCUGACAGGCGGCGGCGGCGGCUUCUCCGGCGCCGGCGCAGGGUUCGGGGCCGUCGACGACGGCAGGCUGAGCACAAGGGACUUCCUCGGCGUCGGCAGGGGCUCGAUGGCGCCGCCGGGGCUCCACAUCGGCGCGCUGGACCCGGCCCAGAUGAAGUGAUCGAUAUGAUGAUGGGAUCAAGGCAAUGAACAACAACAACAAAAUAAGAUGCAAGAUGCAAGGAGUCAAUAAACAGACGGACGUGCACGUGGAAGCGAGCUUUCGCGUGCAUGGGAGGUAAGUUAGCUUGUGAGGAACCGGAGAGAUCAAGUGAACUUAAUCUAGAUAUGUUUCCAUUUAAUUUCUGUGUCGUUGAUGGUGCCAUGACAUGGCUAGGGCGCUGCAUGCAACUUCAUUUUGUUAUUUCGGUACAAUUUCGUUUCGUUGAGUUUAAGUGCUUAAGUUUUGGCUGGAGAUUGGUGGUCUCCCCUGAUGUCAAGUUCAUCAUGUGGGGGCCGGAGACCAGACCUGAACCUAAGCAGAUGUUUUGGACGUUUACUGCUUGUUGUCUCGUGCUCUUCUGGAUA